CAAAAAAAAAAUUAAAUAAAUAAUAAUUUUAAUAUUUUAUUUAAUCUGUGAUAUUACUAUAGCAGUAGCAAUUUAGUGCGUUUAUGAAAGUAAUUUUUUUCCCUCCGAAAAUUUCAACUGUCCACUAAUGUGUUAAAUACCAUAAUCGAAAUUAAUAAAACUAAAUUACUAAUAAAUACCUGUUAGUGGAUAAAUUUGUGUAUUUUCAGCCGAGUAAACUAAAGUUUGUAAAUGUACCUAUAAUUUAUAAAUUUAAUAAAUUCAAUUACUACAUAUUAUAAUAUUUUAAUAAUAGAAAAUUACAUGUUCCCAAUUUAAAAUGGACUACUAAAUUUAGUUCGCUAUAAAUAGUUUAUUUAUUUUUAAUUUGAAGUUUCUAUCAAUCUUUUGACCCAAGAUGGGCAGUAACUAGUUAAAAAGUUAAAAGUUACUUUCUUUUGUGACAUUUCAAUGUGACAACUAGCAAAUGCAUAGCAUACCGUAAUAUCGGUUCAAACGUCAGCCAACUGGUUGCAUCUGUCUGUUUGAUCGGGACGCCGGCAACGUUUUGUGUGCUCACGUUCGUCAACGUGUACCUAUUCGACGGACGAACGCGCACGCGCACGGCAACGUCGCACGCAACACUGGCAUCUAUCGCUGAUAAACGCUGUCAUUGGAUCGUGGUCUGCCGCUCAGUAACGAAAUCUCGAUUGUUCACAUAUCUAUCUUCGUUCGUUUUUUUUACUCUUUGUCCAGCCGUUAUCUCAACUUAUCUUACCUGAUGCGCCAGUCGCCCAUUCCUGCCGCCAACAUCAUAACUAUACCUUUUACCGCUACUGCUACCACCGCUAGUGCAACCGUCAUUAAUGUCGCUAAUAGAGUUAUAACCACCGCCGUUUCUCAAGAUACUGGAACAGUCACUAGGUCUCGGAAGGCCGCAGCGUCUUCAAAAUUGGUUUGCUCCAACUCGGCUGCUGCAUCUGCAAUUGGCUCUACCAAUGCAAUUCCUGCAGCCAAUGAAAAAAAUGGUGAUGCACAAAAACCACAGGAGCCUGAAGCUGUUGCUGAAUCUUCUACAGCCAACAGUAGACCUCUAAAUGUUCUCAAUGAAUCAACUUCCAUAUCUUCUUCUUCCAUUGAGAAGUUAACAUAUGAUCUAAAAAGAACAUCAUCAGAUGAAACAUUAGUCAGUGAUAAGAUUAAAAAAUCUAAAAUAACUGUUAAUGAACACUUAAUGGCAGGGUCAGAAGGUAGAUUAUCCCAUGACAAUAAUUUUGAAGUGUUUGGAUUAGAUAGCAUUUCUGAUAAUGCAACUAAACAAAAUGUAGAAGUAGUACGUGAUGAAAAAGAAACCCAAAAUGUUUUGAAUGGAAUUAGCCAAAAGACUGAUGAUGAUAAUCCUCAUUUAUUGAAAUGUUUCAAUGAAAACCAUAUGACUUUUGCUCAAUUUAAAAUUAUUUGUAAAAAAAUGAUACUUGAAGUUAUGGCAGAUGAAUUUGGUUAUGGUAAUUACCGCAAAGAAUUUGAAACGAUUUUGGAAAAAACGAAAUUUUUGAAAACAAUGUAUACAUCAUUAGAAAGAAAAUGUGAAGAGCUCAAAUCUAUUGUCAGCAUGUAUAUGAAUGAUUUGCACACCAAUCCAAAUGCUAGGCCAAAAAUAAGUACAAAAAAUGUAGGUGUACAAGCAGUAUUAAUUCCAGAAAAGGAUAGUUGUGUGCAGUCAUCAAAAGCAAAUAUUGCUACUACUUCUUCACAGCAACAUGAUCAAUUCAGUGAAGCUAUGGAUAUUACUAGUGAUGAUAAGAAUGAUGUCAUUGAAGUAUUGGAUAAAAAAAUAAAUCCUAAACCAUCGUACUAAAAAAAUGUUGAAUGUGCUACUGAUUCAACUCCUAUAAAAUUGAAACUGUGGAAUUAUGUUCUUCAAGUGAUACAGAAGAAAGUUUGCCUGAAUAUUGUGAGUUAGGCCAAAACAUACAAGGUACCAAUAACUCUAUUAUUAUGAAAAUGUGUGAAGAAUCUUAUGAAGUCGGCCCUUCAACUAAUAAACGCGGAAGA